UGAAAUUGGCGGUCGCCCUCGAAGUAAUUCUUUUCACACUUGUUCUUCCUCUUCUUCCUUCUCCUCCUCCUCCUCCUCCUCCUCUUCUUCAUUGUCACCCACUUCUUCCAAUAUGAAACUUUCCAAUGUUUUGGGUACAGGAUCUCUUUCAACUUCCAUUUCAGAAUCUUCUACUUCAAAAAGAUCAAUAUCUGGUGGUGCUUCUUAUAAUACUCGACCACCAAGUCGUAUGAUAAAACCAUUAGAAUUAGCUUUACCUGAUAUUCCUUCUCUUAACCUUUCUUUCUUUGACGAUGAUUCAACUGAACUUGCCAAUUUAACUAAAUCUCUUGGUGUCAACUUAUCCACUACAACAACAACAACAAAACCUCUUCCUUCACCUGGCAACAUUGGUACCAAUAAACUCAAUCGUGCUUCUGAUUUAUUGAAAUCUUCUUUAGAACAUCUUCCUGAGUCUACAACAAGUAACAACGACACUAUUAUAUCUACUGACAACAUUGAUCAUUUACGACAAAAAUUGAAAGCAACCACUGAACUUUUAAUAUCUACUGAAUCCAAUUUUGAAAAAUUAAAGUCUGCUAGUCAAAAGGCAUUGGAUGAAUUUACAAAAGCCAAAGAAGAAUUUGCAAAGGAAAUGUUAACAAGACAACAACAUGAAUAUACUAUAUUACAAUUACGACAACAAUUGGCAGAACAACAAUCAUCCUCAUCAUCUUCAUUAUCAUUAUCAAAUACAACAGUCAAAGAUGGAACAUCAUCAGUAGUUGAAAAAGAAAUUGAUCGAUUGGCAGGGAUGAAGGUGGAAUUGGAACAAUCUUGCAAUAAACUUAAAGAAUAUAGGGAUACCUUGGCAUCUCAAAUUGAUCAAAAAGUCCAAGAGGCUCAAGCUGGUCUUGAAAGCUCCGUUUUGGAACAACAUCAAUUGGCUUUGCAAGAACAGAUCCGAUCAUUAAUAUCAGAACGCGAUGCACUCAAGAUGGAAACUCAGGAAUUGAACAAGACUCGAGAUGAAGUGAUUCAUGAAAUGGUGAUACUCAACACAAAGAAUGCCGAAUUAUCCUCCAUGAAUAAUGAUUUAUCACGACGUAUGACUGAACGUGAACGAGAAGCAGCAGCGAUCAUGGCCGGCACAUCGUUUAUUCACCAUGCUCCCUCACCUUCACCUUCUACUGAAUUACUCGCCAGCUCACCUGUUUCCAUGCAACGGAAAAGUAGUGAAACAAGUAUUAUGAUGCAAAGAAUGACUUCUCGGGACAGCAGUAAUAGCAAAGAAGGAUCAUCCAAGAUGUUCAAGAUGAAGAAACCCAAGACCAAUGUAUUUAACAAGAUCACUAGUUAUGGAUUCAGUAAUGGAAGUGCCAAUCAUCUUAACAAAAAGGAUAAUGAUGCGGCUCAUGCACUUUAUGGUGCUCAUGAAAAUCAUAGUCUCUACAAUCUCAACACAUCUUCAUCUGUCAACAUGCUUAGUGAUAUGAAAAGGAAAGGAUCGAAACAGUCAUGUGAUGGUACAGUUAGUCCUGGCUCUCAUUCUUUUAUACCAACUUCCUUUUUACGACCCGUCAAAUGUAUGGGUUGUGGAGAAAAGAUUUGGGGUGCUACAGAAUAUCGAUGUCAAGGUUGUGGAUCUAUUAGUCAUAUGAAAUGUAUAUCACAUCUUCCUUCUUUAUGUUAUGCUACUUCAAGUAGUUUAGAAUUGGUUAGUAGUCCUACUGAUUCUGAAAGUUCAAAACCAGUCAGUAUGUUUGGUACUAGUCUUGUAUGUCGAGUGGCAAUUGAAGAACGUGACAUUCCAUUAUUGGUAGAACAAUGUAUUGAAGCUGUGGAAGCACGAGGUAUGGAUUAUGAAGGGAUAUAUCGAAAAUCAGGAGGAGCAGCUCAGAUGCGAGCCAUUCAAUUGGCCUUUGAAAGCAAUGAACCUUUGGAUUUGAAGGAUGAAGAUGAAAUCAAUGAUAUUUGUGCCGUGACAAGUGUUCUCAAACAAUAUUUCCGUGAAUUACCUGAUCCUUUAUUAACCUAUCAACUUUAUGAUCAUUUUAUGGAGGCUGUUCGUAUGCCUUCUGGUGAUAACAAAAAUGAUAAAUUCAUCGAAUUGAUUUCUCAACUUCCUAAAGCCAACUAUGAUACCAUGAAAUUACUGAUGAACCAUUUGAACAAUGUUCGAAAACAAAGCGAAACCAACUUGAUGACAACAAAAAACCUUGCCAUGGUAUUUGGUCCAACCUUACUACGGGACAAGGAUGCUUCCAGGGAUCUAGUGGACAUGAGCUACAAGAAUGCUACUAUAGAAUACAUCAUCAAUCAUACCCAACUUUUAUUUGCAGAUUAGAUUAUUUUUUUUUUUUUGAAUACUUUUACCUUUUUUUUUUCUACAUAUGCCUUGUACACUUUUUUUCUUCUUCUUUUGUAUUUUAUUUUUACUUUUUUUUUUACAUUUCGCUUUGACAGCAUCAAUAAAAAG